GCCUACAUCCUCACCUUGUGCCAAUUUCGCCCAAUUCUCUUAUCUCCGCCCUCCCGCUCCCGCUCCCGCUCCCGCUCCGAACCUUCGCCUUCGUGAACCAACCUUGCCGGUAAAGUCGCCAUUAGAGCAAGCUUCGAAGGCAACAACGUGAUCCCAGCUUACAGAGACCACCGAAACUCCCAUCUCUCCCAUCCUUCCGCUCCGCUUCUACCAGAAACCAUUGAGGAUGCUAAGCCUGAUUCUGUUCGCCCGAAUCAGCGUCAUUUUAGGAUCUAACAAAUCUCAGGAUUUAACGAGACACGGAGAUGCAUUUUGCCUUUUGGCAGUAUUUCGCCUAAAUCCUGCUUAAAAACGGCUACCAAACAUGGGGAUACAUUCAUGGAAUCCUUUCUUCCCACUCGUGCAUCUCAGCUCUCCUAACUUGCAAAAAAGAGUCGUCGGGCCUUCAAAAGCCAGCAAUGCUUGGCGGCUUCGAUCGAAGACUCCUCCAGCGCUUCCGAGCUUCUGUCGCCCGCUCACAAUGGCGCUUCCACUUCUCUUCCCCCCACAUUUUCUGCAAUUCCGACGACGACGACUCACAGGAUCCUCCAUGGACCGCCUCCAACCACCUCUUCCAUAAACAUCCCCGUCUCCUCUUCCUCGAAAGAUGCAAAUCUGUCCGUUGCCUCAACCCUAUCCUCGCCUACACCAUCGUAUCCGGACUAUUUCACAACCCCUUCGUCGCCAGCCGCAUCCUUCAUUCCUCGACCGUCAUAUCUCCCCGAAACCUCUCUCUUCCCUUCGUCAUCUUCUCCCAAAUGUCCCGACCCAAUCUGUUCUCCUGGAAUGCCAUGAUCAAAACCCUAGCAGUGACCCCAUCCUCGUCACUUUCGCUCUUUGCCGAAAUGCGCCGGAAAGGUGUUUCUCCAGAUCACUACACCCUUCCAUGUCUUCUCUCGUCCUGCACUUCCAUGGACGAUCUCGAUCGAGGUAGGUUGAUCCACGCAUCUUCUUUCGUGUUUGGGUUCGAAUCGAACCUUUUUAUGCAAACGCGGCUGCUGGCAAUGUACAUGGAUUGUGGGGAUUUAGUGAACGCCCAACGCAUGUUCGACGAAAUGCCGAACCGAGAUGUCGUCAUUUGGACUUCGAUGAUCUCUGGUCUGACACGGCAGGGAUGUCAUGAACAAGCUCUUGAAGUUUUUAGUAAGAUGAGGACUGAUGAUGAUUCCAUCAUCAGGCCUAACAUUGCAACCAUGAUCUCAGCCAUGUCCGCUUGCUCCGGCUUAGCAUCUUUGAAUCACACCAAAAACCUCCAUUCUUGCUUCGUGAAAACCGGAUUCGAAGAUCAUGUUUUUGCUGGCAAUUCUUUGAUAGCUGCUUAUGUUAAGUGUGGCAGCAUGACUUGCGCGCAUCAAGUGUUUGAUCUUAUGACGGACCGAGACGUGCAUUCCUGGACUGCGGUCAUUACGGGCCUCGCCUUGAACGGGCAUGGUCAAGAUGCCAUUUUUCUGUUCUCUCGGAUGUUAAGAGAUGGUUUAAUACCAGAUUCAACCACAUUUGUUGCGGUUCUCUCUGCGUGCAGUCAUGCCGGGUUGGUAAAUGAAGGGAUUGAGAUAUUUGAAUCCAUGGAAUGGGAGUUCGGAAUUAAGCCAGAGCUGGUGCAUUAUGGUUGUAUCGCUGAUCUUUUCGCUAGAACCGGGCAUUUACAUCGGGCGUACGAGUUCAUCUCGAGCAUGCCGAUGGAACCCAAUUUAAAGAUUUUGGGAUCAUUGUUGAGUGCUUGUAGUGUUCAUGGAGAUUUAAAGUUGGGUGAGCUUCUUUCUAGGAGAAUCGAUGCUUCGAUGAGUCAAUGUAGAGGAGGAGCGAGCUCGAUUCUGUCGAACUUGUAUGCAAUCAGUGGGCAAUGGGAGGAUGUCAUGUUGAUUAGGAGAGGGAGAAGAGGGGAAGGUGAUAAGCCUGCUGGUCGUAGCUGGAUUAAGUAAGAGGUUUUGUGCAAGAGUUUGUUCUAGCAAAUAGGCCACACACAUUAAGAAAAUUGAGUGGGGAUUAAACGGGUUGGUUGAAGUCUUGGAAUGAGUUUUGUAAAUAAUUACAGAGAAAAUGCAUUGCAUCAUGUUUAUGAUUAAUUUUUUGAAAGAAUUUGCAUAUAUGCUUGAGUUUAUGAUGUUGGUUUAUUAUAUUUGUUUAGGGCUUCAUGUUUUUGGAUGAGGUAAGGAUAUGUGCAUUGACAAAAUAUUUUAAUGAUUUGUAGUUCCCAUUGAAUCCAUAACUUUCUAAAGAGAGUCAGCAAACAAGGUCAAAUCCACCAAUCCAAUAAACAAGAUUUUAAGC